AUGCCUUCCCUCACCCACGCCGUCGGCGACUUCGUCAACUCCAUCUUCUCCUUCUUCAAAGGCAUCAUCACCUCCAUCCUCGCGUUGGUGCAACACUUCUUGCAUUUGAUCGUCUCCAUUGUAGAACAAAUCGCGGGGUUGGCUAAGGAUGUGGUGUCGUUCUUGAUGCGUGAGUGCCUGCUGCCAGUGGGACAAAAGGUACCCCUUGAGAGGAAAGGGGUGGCGAGUGGGGGAAGGAGGAGCGGGGAGCGAGCGAUGACGUAGAUCUAGGCUCUUCGCUUUGACUUGUCCGAUGUAUACGGUACUAACGACCGCUCUAAUUCUAAACCUUCCCCUCCUUUAGACAACGCCGUCAUCAUCGGCGUCCUCUUUGGUGAGUCCGCUCCUCGGCCCUUCAUGCGGAUCACGUGAGUCAGUCAACUCACCGCACUCCCGUCUUUUGAUCACACACAGCCGCUUUCGUCGCCUACUCGCUCUUCGCCGGUAACAAGGCUGGCACGGCCGCGCCCAACAAAAAGCGUGCUUGA